CCCGCCCCUCUACCGCGCGCCCGCGGACCGGGAUCCCGAGUGUCCUAGAACUCUGCGGUGGCUGUGGGACCUCUCCGGAGGCAGUUUUCUCCCUACCGCUGUGCUCUGUGGCGUCUCCGCUGCUACCUCCAGGGUCUCUGGGCGGAGCAAUCCGCACUUUCGAGCCUGGGGUGGUUUGGAAUUCUUCGGCGAUGUGGAGCGGGCUGUGAGUGGGUUUCCCGGUCCCCGAGCCCUUCCUCGUCCCCCGAGAUGCCGCACUUGUGAGCGAUAGAGCUUCAUUUAAAUUUUCUCACCUCGCGAAUUGGGGAGCCUACAUCUCUGAAGCUGCCUGAGUGAAGAGCCACAGCAUUAUUUUUUCUCUUUGGGAGAAUAGCUGUCUGGGAUUUGUUUGAGAUCCCAUCUUCCCUGCAAAUUACCAGGUUGCAUCUUCACUGAUAGGAAUACAUUUCUUUACCAAAGGACAUGGAUGAAAAUGAAAGCAACCAGUCCCUGAUGACAAGCAGCCAAUAUCCUAAAGAAGCAGUAAGAAAACGUCAAAAUUCAGCACGGAAUUCUGGAGGAAGUGAUUCUUCUAGGUUUUCUAGGAAAAGCUUCAAACUAGAUUAUAGACUAGAAGAAGAUGUAACUAAAUCUAAGAAAGGAAAAGAUGGGAGAUUUGUGAAUCCAUGGCCAACAUGGAAAAACCCCUCUAUUCCAAAUGUUCUCAGAUGGCUGAUAAUGGAGAAAAAUCACAGCAGUGUUCCAAGUUCUAAAGAGGAACUUGACAAAGAACUCCCAGUGCUUAAGCCAUAUUUUAUCACUAACCCUGAAGAAGCUGGAGUGAGAGAAGCUGGCUUAAGAGUCACAUGGCUGGGACAUGCCACGGUAAUGGUGGAAAUGGAUGAGCUCAUAUUUCUCACGGAUCCCAUCUUUAGCUCUCGUGCUUCACCUUCGCAGUACAUGGGUCCAAAGCGAUUUCGUCGUUCCCCGUGCACAAUAAGUGAACUCCCUCCAAUAGAUGCGGUCCUUAUCAGUCACAACCACUAUGACCAUCUGGACUACAAUUCUGUCAUUGCUUUGAAUGAGCGAUUUGGUAAUGACUUGAGAUGGUUUGUGCCUUUGGGUCUCCUUGACUGGAUGCAAAAAUGUGGCUGUGAGAAUGUGAUUGAGCUGGACUGGUGGGAGGAGAAUUGUGUCCCCGAACAUGAUAAGGUCACCUUUGUCUUUACACCUUCCCAGCACUGGUGUAAAAGGACUCUAAUGGAUGACAACAAGGUGCUGUGGGGCAGCUGGUCUGUCUUGGGGCCUUGGAAUCGAUUUUUUUUUGCAGGAGAUACUGGUUAUUGUUCUGCUUUUGAAGAGAUAGGAAAAAGAUUUGGACCUUUUGACCUUGCAGCUAUUCCCAUUGGAGCUUAUGAACCACGGUGGUUUAUGAAAUACCAGCAUGUAGACCCAGAAGAAGCUGUAAGGAUUCACAUUGAUGUCCAAACAAAGAAAUCUAUGGCAAUUCACUGGGGAACUUUUGCUUUAGCAAAUGAGCAUUACUUAGAGCCUCCAGUGAAGCUGAAUGAAGCUCUAGAGAGAUACGGACUUAACGCUGAAGAUUUUUUUGUCUUAAAGCACGGAGAAUCAAGAUACCUAAAUACUGAUGAUGAAAACUUUUAAUAAAUGUUGAGCACAGGCACUUAUAAUGAUAAAGGCAUCAUCUGAUGUAAGUUUAAAAUGAAAAGACUCAGAAAUUCAUGAAUAUUAUGAUUCUUUUGCAUUUGGAAACAACUUCUACAAGUUUGUGUUUUAUGUUUUGUGUAAUAAACGUGCUUCCUAAUAUGAUCAGCUCAUAUACACUACGAGAGGGUUCAGGGGUGGGUCAUUUAAAUGAUGAAUUGGCUAAUGUGGAUUUAAAAUCUCAUAGCAGGAUAUAAGCACUGCAAUGGAAAUGUUUUUACUAAAGUAUUAUAGUUUUGUGGUUGUAGAAUUUUCUGAGGUUGUGAAAAACUGACAUUAAAGACUCAUUUCUGUUUUUUCCAUUCUUCAGGACCUUCUGCAAGGUGAGUCAAGGCUGUCUACCUACCUAGAUUUUUUUCAGAGGCCUACACAUAAAAAUGUUUCUUAUAUGCCCAUUAUAACAAAUGGAUCAAAUUGACUCCAACAUGCUUAUAACAUAGCAAUUCUUGCUCUAUCAAGAUUAGCUUAUAUGCCAAAUAUUAAAUAUGGUUUAUUUUGGUAAGCAUCAAAACAUAGGGGCGAUCAUUUUUAAAGACUUGAUUUUUUUUAUUGUGGUAAAAUAUACAAAUGCAUAAAAUUUACCAUUUUAACCAUUUUUAAGUGUACAGUUCUUUGGCAUUAAUGCAGUCAUGACCACCAUUCACUUAAAUUUUAAAAGAGGGAACACUGUGUUCUUUUUUUCCUAGAGCCUUCAGAUGAGAAGGAACAGUGUAUUCUGUUGCAUGCCUACAAUUCCCAAAUCAAAAGGCCUCUUACUUUGGGAGGCCAAGGUGGGUGGAUCACUUGAACCCAGGAGUUUGAGACCAGCCUGGGCAACAUGGUGACCCUGUCUCUAGGAAAAAAAAAUAGCCAGGCGAGGUGGCGUGGUAGUCACAGCUACUUGGCAGGCUGAGGUGGAUCACUGGAGCCCAGGAGGUGGAGGCUGUAGUAAGCUGUGAUCGUACCACUGCAUUCCAGCUUGGAUGACAAAAUGAGACCCUGUCUCGAAAGCCCUCUUCUUAGCAGAGGAAGGGAAGGAGUGUGGCUGUGAGAAUAUGAUUUAUGCCAUUUUCUGUUUUUAAAUCUAGAAGUCAGGUCUUCUAAGCACAAAUACAACUACGAUGAAAUAUUUUACAGAUAAAAUGUUAAUAGACCAUAUACUUUGAAUUAAAUUUUGUUUUUCAUUUUCUCUACACAUUUUUUUUUCCUGGGUCUCUUAGCUCUAAAUGUAUCGAUCAGAUUUAUAAAUACUUUUUCAUGAUUCAGAUGUUUUAUAUUUUUAUAUUAAAUGAAACUUAAGCCAUGAUUUUUUUAGUAAGCCAGUAGGAAUACCAGUGGUUAAAAAAAAAAAAAAAGCUGACAUAAAAUUGAGUCCUAAUGAGGGCUCUGUAUGCACUUGAUGAUUCUGACCUUUCCUAAGGGAGGGAGUUGAAUUAGAUACCACUGGAGGCCCAUUCUGUAUUCCUAAUCCAGUCUCAGCACUUUAUUCAUAGAAAAUAAUCAAAAUAGGUUUUCAACACCAAAUGCUACCCGGGCAGUGCUUUAUAAUUUAUUUUCACAUGUAUAUACGUGCCACGUUAGCCACUAAAUCUGAAUUCUUGGAUUCAGAUUUCAUCAUGGAUUUUUUUUGUAACCUGAAACAAGUCACCUAUGCUCACUGUGCCUGUUUUCCUCAUCUGCAACAAGAGGAUAAUUCUGACCUACCUCUGAAAAAUGUGUCGAACAAAUGAGUUUUUAAAGCACUUUAGAAAUAUAAGGGAGAAAAUGAUUUCUUAAGAUAUCACUGCCUAACAUAGAUAGGUAUAUUUGAAAGCUGAAUAUAGGUUAAUGCUUUUGAUAACAUAUUGUUCCUGUUGAAAAUUUAAGCAUUAUAUAUUAGGAGACUAAACAUUGAGAACAACUUUAUUUCACUCUCUUUGUAAAUUGGAGUAAUAGCCUAAAUAGAUGUAAAUAAUCUUUAUCAAAAUUUAAUGUUUUUAUCUACAAAGACAUGAAUCAGUCAAGGGGAAAUGUGUAUGUAAUGUGUGUAUAUAUAAUGUAUGCAAAUGUAUGUGAUCUUGGGGUACUAAAGCACAAAAAAAUCCCCCACAAAAUAAACCCUCCUCAAAAGACUGAUCAUAAACUUUUUCACUCCAAGCAGAUGUGAAUCAAGAUGUUAGGUUUGUGGUGGGUUAGCUUUGAGGUGUAUUGCCCUAAUACUAGCCAAUGUUGUUGUAGCCAUAUUCUUUGCUGUUGCAUGCCAAAUUGAAAAUUCUUCUCUUACCUCUAUGAAGCAAGCCAGGUAUAUCUUAAGUAUUUCUUCUCUAUGAAUGGCCUUAACAUUAUUUUGUAUUCAUAUGUACUGUUUAACUGAGGGUCUCUAAGCACUUUAAAUUGUUGUGUUCUAGUUGUGUUCUCAUAUGGCCUAAUUUUUCUAGACCUUUUCAGCUGUAAUUUUUUAUUACCACUCAUGUUCUUUCUACAUUGACACUUUUAUUAAGAACAUCAAGCUUCAUCUCUGCUUACAGAAUCUAACCUUAUUGAGUCAUUUCCACUUUUUCAUUUGUUAGCUAUAUUUUGAAGGGUUUAUGUGCACAGUGAAAACAAAUUUUGAAAAAUAAGACAUAUCCAUUCUCUUCCUCGCUUCAAUCUAAUACGCAUUGUAGCAUCUUUGAAUCAGUCUUAUCCUCUAAGUCAACUUCAUUUUCCUCUUUGAUUAGUGAACAUCCAUACCAAAAUGUAAGAUUUUAUUCAAGUUUCCUGUGAUAACUGAGGAACAGUUUGCUAUGCCUCACUGCCCAAAUGGGUAGGUCAUCAAUUAGGAGAAAUCCCAAAUUACAAAAGCUAACAUAUGCUGUGACCUACAUACGUAAAGAUGUAUUUGUGCAUUUUCUUUCUGGGUAAAAACUACUUCCUUUUUUCUCUAGCAUUUUGACAUUUCAGACUCAAUGCUUUGAUCUCUAGGGAGUGUGAAAUGAGACAGGAAAAGAGACAGUUUUAGAAUCCACUGCUGCUAAAGCACAUUAAAAACCAAUCCUGGUUUCUAAUGUAUGCACAUUUUGAUAUUUAAUGAAUAUGCUUUCAUUAAAAUAGGGAGGUAGAUUUGAAAAAAACUGUUAUAAAGAAAUGUGCCUUUUGGGAAAUUAAUACUUUUGUUCUUGUCUAGCCCACUGGGAAUUUCCAUUUUUCACCUUAUACCGAACUCUUUUUCUAAUGUAAAAGUAUUUCUUCCAAGUGUGAUUUCUGUAUCAGGAUAACCUUGAGAACACACAUACAUAUUUCUGUUUGAGGAUUUGUGAAUUCCUACGGAAACAGUCUUGUAUCUAUGUAUUUACAAAUUAUUCUUAAAGCUUUGCCUUAAAUACUGCUUGUAUACUGAUUUACUUAAUGCUAAGCAUGGCAGGGGUCAUAAAUUUAAAUAUUAUAAGACGUGGCUAAAUCCCAGAUAUACCAAUAAAUUGUUAUAGUAGCUUAUGGAAUAAAAAUAUUAUUAAAGAUAACAAAUUUUCAUACAUUGUAUUUUUAGUCAAGUAAAAUAUGGAUGAAAAUAAAUAAAGUACCGUCAAGGGAAAAAA